AUGAACGUCUAAGAUUUGAUUCCACUCUUUUCGGCUGAAUUAGAAAACAAGAUUUAAAAUGGUAAUUAAGUGCAGCCAGAAGAAGCGCCAGAAGGAGGCAAAACUAAAUGCUUCGAGUGGUAAACGAUAACCUAUACUUCCAAGGAUACUUUCGAUAUUGAAAUGAUAGAUAAAAAGUCUUUCUUUGACGAUAGACAGCACGGCUGGCUUUGGUACAAAAACUUAAAUAUUCCGACAUUAAAAUUUAAGCAUUCUUCAUUUCUCCGUUCUUCCCGAGAUUUGAAUGUGUAGAUUUUUGCUAUCCGCAAAAGUGAAAAGCAGUGGUCAGAAGUAAUUUUGAAAGGAGCUAUGAGUUCUCAGUUCAGUUCUGCUUCAUCAGUCACAUAGCUAAACUCACUAAGGUUUAGCGACACCAGUUACAAUUACAAGGUUAUCUUUUAUUAAAAUCAAAAAAUUUUUAUUUUGCAUGCAGACAGGCAGGCAGGUUGA